GCGGUCCCCUCCUAGACACAGUGGCCUAUAUUUAAUGCUGGAGAACAAAGUACGGGGAAAACAUGGAGAGCGUUCCUUGAGGGACCUCCUGUCCCGAGACAGUUGACUCUAGCCUGUGUCUGGCUGAUGGAUGGGAGCUUGGCCGACGAACCCACAUGUGCAUAUUCUGUUGCGUCCAGCGAGCGAACCGCGCAAGCUAAGGGCUCGGAACGACGGCAAGCCCUCUCUUUCCGACCGCCGUCGCCACCGAAAAAUCUCAGAACGUUCUCAGACUCGUCCACGAAUAUUCCGCGUUGUCUUUUCCGCCCUUUUUGCCAUUUACAUCCAUCCCGGACCUGCUUCAUAAACUCUCCCCUGAGCCGUUCUCCGUGUUUAUUGCACUCUCUUUCUCUCCGCCACCACCUGGUCGUGUGCCUCCUUUCCGCUGGUCUCGAAACAUCCGCACCUCCUGCUCUGCCAGACUACACACCUGAUUACUACGUUUUCUACUAAUCCGGCGGAACCAACACGUCAACAACUUCCUUCCCGUUACGUCCUCUCCUACCUGGACUAUCUCUACAUUACCCCUA